AUGAAAAUGUCUGAAGGUCACUUGGAAAACGCCGGAGAUUUCCAACUUUCACCCGGAAGUUUGCUUGGAUGGAAUUCAGGUCAUACAGAAUCGCCGUUUUCAGAAACCAUUCAAGCAACUAUACGGAUCCCUGAAGAGGAAGCCACAAGUCACGUCACUGCGCUUGAUGGAGACCGAUACCCUCAACAGUCAGCCGGGCUCAAUUGGAGUUAUCCGGGUGACCAGCACCAACAUCUCACACGGGGACUAGGACGCGUCAUAAACAAUGUGUCCACGAACGAGCAAGGCCCGCAAUUGAAUUACAAUCCUCUGGACUGGCCCAAUAGCCAUGAUUUUCGAGGUGGAAAGAGCGGAGGUUCGACACUUGAGCGAUUAGUGGAUAAUUCUUACGCGACACAUGGGAAUCGUUCUGUUGAUGGGCUGAUCAGCUUGGACCCAGAAGAAUUCUCGGCGCAAAAUAUCCAGACCUAUCCUUCGGCAGCUAAUGGAAUUCUUGGCUACCCGUGUGGCCUCCAAACGUACUGCCCCGAUCUCAGUUUGCUUAUAUCAGAUUACCAGGAGCAAGAACGCGAGCCAAUGGUAAUUGCCGGAAAUGCUUAUGGAGAAAUUGAACAAGAUCUCGCGCAAAAUAGGCUCGGGUUGGCAGGACGUCCAGAAGCCGCUAUCGACGGAAACAAUGUGUCAUCAGAAUUUUGGCGUGAUUAUCAAAACUUCAUGCGUCUCGUGGAACAAGCAAACCAGGACCUCUCCGCAUCGAUUACCUCCGGCCUUUCACAGUGCCAUCUUACGUCAUUCCAAGCCGGCUCCAGUCCCCACAAUCCGCUUGCAAAUGUUCCCAUAUCGGAGGCGGAAACUCCUUUCCCGCAGAGCCACACUUUCACGACUCCUGAUUUGCUACCCACCUCGGUGCCACCACUCGUAUAUUCUGAAAAUCUUCCACCAAACUCCGGUGCUAACAACCAAUUUCUACGGGAUACACGCAGCAGUCCCACGGGGGGAUUCGAUACCUUCAAGUUUCCGUCUGAUUCGGAUGCAUCAUCUCACCGAACACGCUCAUUUUCGAUUCCCGACGACUUUGGGCCAUCUACACCGCACUAUUUGGGGUACAUGAUGAGCCAUCUGGACUUGAGAAAUGACUCGUGCCAGUCUCCAUUGAAACCGACGUCACCAUCCUCAUCAAUUCUGGAAAUGGAUCAUUCAACCUUGGACACUCCGAAAACUUUUUAUUCUGCUUCUAUUUCCCCGCCGUCAACAGCAGGUGGAAGCAGUCCUAAGAAGCGAUCGUCGCUCUCAGCCCGAAUCAGGUUGCCACCAACGAUCAAGGAAUUCAAUUACAAUUCUAGUACUUUGAUAACGAAGAAAAGUAGGGGCCGAAAACCACUCACCCGGCCACAUGCUAUCAACUCGCCACCCGAUGCUCAACUCGCGAACAUCGUAUCCAACCCUGCGCUAAAUGUACAAUUCUUCGGUCAGCAUUGGAAUGUGAUAUCAGAUCCAGAAUUACUAAGCUCGAUGGAAACGGAAGCAACGAGCAACGUUGCGAAGGCUUUUGUUUGUGAAGUUGAUGGAUGUAGAAAGUGCUUCAGAAGGUGCGAGCAUCUACGACGACAUGUUAGAACGAUCCAUUCAGCUGAAAAACCAUUCACGUGUCGUUGGCCUGGCUGCAACAAGCGGUUCAACAGGAACGAUAAUUUGAACCAACAUUUCCAAACCCACACCCGAUAA